CACAUUAGUUAAGCUGAAGGGACGGUCACAGACUAAUACAUCACGGGCAUAGGAAUCUAUUCUUAGCGCGAUCUCCUGUUAUUGCAACUGGUCACAAGCUUUCGUCGUAUUUUCCAAGAAAGUGCUGGGUCUCAUAAAAAAAACGAAAUGUGUUUGGAAACGGAAAAUUGUGUGUGUUGUUUGGGAUCGAGAUUAGGUACAGUAGUGGCUGCAACAGUUGGCUUGGUUAUCGGCGUGAUAGUAACAACGCUUGCCUCUGAAAACCUAGUUCUCCUCAUCGAAAGCGGGUCCCAAACUGCCCAUUAUGGUGUUUUCCUCUUCUUCUAUUGCUUUGCUGUUGCAGUAUCCCUUGUCUACAUUGUUAGUUCGUUCACCAUGAUGAUGGUUGCAGAAAGGAGAGUGGUGUUAGUAAUGGCUGUCUGGGUCGGCGUGACAGUCCUGCAGAUGACCGUCCUUGUUGCAUACACCACCGUGCACCAUUGCAACGUAGCUGGCUUGAUACUUACCGGAUUGGCCGUUGUUAGUCUGGUGUUCCAUAUCUUCGUUGUGUAUUCGCAUUGCAGAAUGAUACGACUAGGUUACGAGCCGGUCUAAAACAGGGAACCGAAGAAGGAAAAUAAAAUAACAAGAUUUUGUCAGAGGAAAAAAAAAAAAUCACCAGAUGAACUUUGUAAAUGUUUAAAGGACAAUAUUUAUUUUCCAGGUAAUGGUUACUUAUGAUCCCCCAUCCCCCCAAAAAAAAGGAAAAAAGAAAAAAGAAUAGAAGAAAACGAAACAAAAAUUAUAUAUUUAUUUGAAAGAAAUGGGAGGAAGAGGUAAAUCAUAUGCAUGGAUAUAUAUUUAUUUUAAUGAAGUGUUAUAAUGGGGUAUAAAACACUUUUUUCCCCAUUUUUUUUUUUUUUUUAUCAAUAACACAACUUUCAUCUGAUUAUGCAACCGUUUCACUUUCCGAUACAUUGUUCUGCUGAUGUAUUUGGAUGUUUUAGAAAGCAAUGCAGAGUAUAUUUGUAUUUAUUUUGAAUUUUGAAUUUAUUAUUGCUUUUAUUAAACCAUGCGAUGGUAUGGUUUUAUGAACAUUGAGAUUACUCAUGCCUAUUGUUAAUAGCGGUUGAUAAUACAAUAAGUUAAUAAUAUACCGUCAUUAUCAUUUUUACCGUUCUUAUAUUACAUAAUAUAUGUAUGACUAUUGUACGUGAUAUUAUUAGCUGAAGAUAAUUAGUUUUGAACUCAUAAUUUUAUAUCUAUUUUCCACUUUGUAUGUACGUAUAAUACGUAUAAAUAAAAGAUAGAAAGUUAU